AUGGAGAAAAUUGGUUGCAAGAGAUUUGGUGUGUUGUUAUGUGCAGAGGAUUCAGAGUAUGUGAUAAAGAUGCAUGGAGGGUAUUCUGGUGUAUUCUUGAAAAUGUUGGAGGAAGAAAAUGAGACAUGGGACAUGUACAAAGUUUCAUGUGGAGAGUUUCCUAAGGAUGAUGAGUUGAGUCUUUAUGAUGGGUUUGUGAUCACUGGUAGUUGUAAUGAUGCUUAUGGAAAUGAGAAAUGGAUAUGUGAUCUUGUCACAUUGAUUAAGAAAUUGAACUCCAUGCAGACAAAAAUCAUUGGCGUUUGUUUUGGCCACCAGGUACUUGGCCGUGCAUUGGGAGGAAAGGUGGGUCGCUCUCCUACUGGUUGGGACAUUGGUGUGAGAACCAUAACAUUGUCAUCACAUAUUUCCUUCCCUUCUCUUGAUCUUCCAACAAAGCUUUCCAUAAUCGAAUGCCACAGGGAUGAGAUUCAAGAGUUACCUGCAAAGGCAGAGGUAAUUGCUAGGUCAGAUAAAACUGGAAUUGAGAUGUUUAAAUAUGGAGAUCAUAUUAUGGGAAUCCAAGGUCAUCCAGAGUACUCUAAAGAUAUUCUUUUGUUUCUUAUCGAUCGUCUCAUCCAACGUAAUUUCAUCAAGGAAGCUUUUGCUAUAGGAGCGAGGGAGAGGGCUCAUUUGUUAGAGCCAGAUACAAAUGCCUGGAAGAAACUUUGCACCAGCUUUCUUAAGAAUGGGUUUUGAAUGAAAUGGAAUGAAUACAUAACAUUCUAUAGUCUAGUGAUAAUGUUGAAAAGUUGCAACUAUGGUAUUGGUUUUAGUUAAGUUUAAGGCAAAAUUAUGACUGCGGUUUUUUAACUUUUAAGGUUGACAUUUUGAGUUUGAUGUUUAACUUUUAUUUUCUUG